ACGGGAUGUCUUUCUUCAGGGAAGAGGAAUGGUGCAGCCAGAGUGAAACGAAACAGAGGGUCCGCAAAAUAAUUAGGUCCCUUAAAUAGGUGCAAAGGAACCCUUCUGCCAAGAUAGUGACUGAAAAACGGUGUGCCAGAAGUCCAAUUUCUGGCAGGGAGAAUUUAUGUAUGUAUUUUUAAUCGCUGGAAAUUGGAAUGGUGAAUGUAACCAUCUGCUUGGGGAGCAUUGUGAAAUGUUUGUCCUUCUGAACUGCUGAUAAAAAGUUGGUCUGCUUGCAACCAGCAAAAGCUAUAAAUUAAGCUGUCACUGUGUGUUUCUCUCCAAGCCUUGGCCAAAAAAGAAAAAUAAUACUGCCUUUUUAUGUUAUUUUCCCCACCCUCUUUUUGGGAAGAGUGAGGGACUUCGAAAUGGGUCCAGACAGCAACUGCUACUUAUAACCAAUAGGAAGGAUUGGAAAAGGGGGCACCCAUGGAUGGGACUUCUCUGUAACCAAAGAAGAAACAAAGAGGGGUAGAGGAAGAAAAGGCAUACUUCUUUCAGAGAGCUUUGCAAAUCCAUUCUGAUGGAAGGAGAAGCAGCAGGCAGUUCAAUGCCAGCCAACAAGAAAGCAGCCAGCAAGCCUCUUCGGAUAGCCCUUGGCGUGUUUGUGACCAGCACGGUUGCACUUGGCACAGCGCUUUUCUUGGUUAGCCAAGGCCAUAUAAAACUUCAGCCCAAGCAACAAUAUUGCUUGACUUCUGAAUGCAUUGAAGCUGCUGCUGCAAUCAAAAGCAAGCUCAAUACAUCUGUGGACCCCUGUGAUAAUUUUUUCCGGUUUGCUUGUGAGGGCUGGAUACAGAAUAAUCCAAUUCCUGAAGAUUCCUCAAGCUAUGGAAUCUAUCCUUGGCUGAGACAUAAUGUGGACCUCAAACUUAAAGCUCUCCUUGAAAAACCUCUCAGCAAAAGACGGGACAGUGAAGCUGUACAGAAGGCCAAGACACUUUAUAAUUCAUGUAUGAAUGAGAAUAAGAUAGAGAAGGCUGAUGCAAAACCACUUUUAAGCAUGCUGAAACACUCUCCAUUUCGCUGGCCAGUGCUGGAAUCAAACAUUGGGCCUGAAGGACUGUGGUCAGAAAGGAAGUUUAGCAUGGUCCAGACGCUGGCUGCUCUUCGUAGUCAAUAUAGCAGUUCUGUUUUCAUCCGAAUGUAUGUGUCUUCUGAUGAUAAAAUGUCUAAUGAACACAUCAUAAAGCUAGACCAAGCAUCUCUGUCUCUAUCAGCACAGGAAGAUUAUUUGAAGAACACCACAGAAGCAAAAGCUUACAGAGAUGCUCUGUUCCAGUUCAUGGUUGACAUAGCGGUGCUUUUGGGUGCCAAUGCCUCACGUGCAGAGCUGGACAUGAAAUCUGUGCUUAAACUGGAGGUCAAAAUAGCUGAGAUAAUGAUUCCCCCCGAGAAUCGAACUAGUGAAUCCAUGUACAAUAAAAUGAACAUAUCGGAACUUACCACCAUGAUCCCACAGUUUGAUUGGCUGGCCUAUAUCAAGAAGGUGAUUGAUACUAAGCUCUACCCAGACCUUAAGGACAUAGAUGAUUCAGAGAAUAUAAUUGUCCGCGUGCCCCAGUACUUCAAAGAUUUAUUCCGGAUCUUGGAAGGGGAAAGGAAAAAGACUAUUGCCAACUAUCUGGUAUGGAGAAUGGUUUAUUCGAGAAUAUUUAACCUCAGCCGGCGUUUUCAAUAUAGGUGGCUGGACUUUUCAAGGGUGAUCCAGGGGACAAGUUCCUUACAACCUCAAUGGGAUAAAUGUGUAAACUUUGUGGAAAAUGCUCUUCCAUACGUUACUGGCAGAAUGUUUGUAGAUCUACACUUCCAAGAAGACAAGAGGGAAAUGAUGGCAGAAUUGACUGAAGGGAUUCGUUGGGCCUUUAUGGACAUGUUGGAAAAUGAAAACACCUGGAUGGAUUCAGAAACCAAAAGCAAAGCUGUUGAGAAGGCAAAAGCUGUUUUGGCAAAAGUGGGUUACCCUGAAUUUAUAAUGAAUGAUACCUAUAUUGCGGAAGGCAUCAAAACACUGAAGUUUUCAGAAACUGAUUAUUUUGGCAACGUUCUUCAAACCCGCAAGCAUGCAGCACAGUCUGAUUUCUACUGGUUAAGAAAAGAAGUUCCAAAAACAGAGUGGUUUACUAGUCCAACUACAGUCAAUGCCUUUUAUAGUUCAUCUACAAAUCAGAUCCGAUUUCCAGCUGGAGAACUUCAGAAGCCAUUCUUUUGGGGAACAGAAUAUCCCAGGUCUUUAAGCUAUGGUGCUAUUGGAGUAAUUGUUGGUCAUGAGUUCACCCAUGGAUUUGAUAAUAAUGGCCGUAAAUAUGACAAAAAUGGAAAUUUGGAUCCCUGGUGGUCUUUGGACUCUGAAGAAAAAUUUAAAGAGAAAACAAAAUGUAUGAUCAAUCAAUAUAACAACUAUUAUUGGAAGAAAGCAGGCUUGAAUGUAAAAGGAAAAAGAACUUUGGCAGAAAACAUUGCAGAUAACGGAGGUUUGCGGGAGGCUUUUAGGGCCUAUAGGAAAUGGAUCAAGGAAAAGAGACAAGGAGAGGAGGAGGCUCUAUUACCAGGCAUUGACUUCACCCCCAAUCAGCUGUUCUUUCUGAGUUACGCCCACGUAAGAUGUAACUCUUUUAGACCAGAAGCAGCAAGAGAGCAAAUCUACACUGGAGCUCACAGUCCUCCUCAAUUUAGAGUUAUUGGUGCCAUGAGUAAUUUUGAGGAAUUCCGGAAAGCUUUCACCUGCACAGAGAAUACUACAAUGAACCGAGGUGCUGAGUCCUGUCGGCUUUGGUAGCAGUUUCUCUGAAAUCCUGCACUGAAAUCACUUCCCCAUUUUUAACAGUUCCAAACUCUUCCUGAACUGCUGUUGCUUCAAAACAGUAGAAGCCAGAUGUGGACCAGAUCCACAUUUUUUUGUGAUACAUGUGCUCUGUCAUCAAGGUAGACAACCCACAGAGACCUGCUAUUAUCUGCUUGUUCAAGGUACAGAAUUGAAGUGAAAUAGAGGCUAUAGAAAGGAAUAUCCUCCAUCAGAAAAACAGAUGGAGAUGAUUCUGACAAAUACAAACUAUUGAUUUAGCAGACUGAUCCUUAUCUAUGUUUAGUCUGCAGUAAAACCUGCUGUAUUCAAUUUGUAUAUUUCAGAAAAUAUGAAUAGGAAACCAUCUUUAUUGGAUGGUUAUGAUGUUGUUUUGGAAUUGGUUAAUAGGAACAUUUUACAACAUAGACACACAUGCCAUCAUAAUCAAAAGAAGCUUUGGAAGUUUGGCUAGAGCAGUGCUUCACACAUUUUCAUCCUCCAUAUGUUUUGGACAUCCACUUCCAGAAGUUCCUGUUGGCACAGCCAAUACUCAUAUAUUCUGUAAGCUGAAUCCUAAACACCUGGAGGGCCAAAGAACCACUGAACUUAGGAAAUAGCAGGUGAGGAUCACAAUUUCAUUUCCCCAACAACUGAUCUUUCAUCUAGGGGUGGAAAAGGUAUCAUGCACUUCCUCUCUCAUCUCCUUAUAUGAAUCCAUGCUCACACAUGUGCAUUUUGCAUGUAUGCUGUUUCCACAUUCCUCUAAUACCACUGCAAAGGCCACAGUUGCUACCAUGAAGCAAAGGAAGCAUAUUCUUUACUUUUGUAAUUUUAGUCCCUCCAUAUUGAGCUUGCCAUUAAUGAUUGGCCUCCAACUUUCGUUGAUAUGCAUCCCAUACAUGAGAUUAUCUGAGACCAAAGCAAAAGUGACUGGACUCUUUAGCAAUGAGAACUGCUGCAGUGAAAACAGAAUGCAAACUUCUGGCUGAAAUGUACUGAUUUUCCUAUAUACACAUGUGUAGGGGGUUUGCUGUUAUUUGUUGAUUCUAGAUAUAAUAUUUGUGAAUUUGGUGAAUUUGGGAUAGUGGUGGGAAUGCAUUAAAUAAUGAAAUAAAAAUACAAAUGAUCCUGACAUAGGGUCUGAACUUCACUAAGUGAAUUGUACUUAUUUUCUACUGAAAUCUUGCUAAAUUAACUUGAUUUUGAUGAGACUAAUAUUUAGGCCUAAAUCCCAUUCCUACUCCUUGUUAGAGUAGACCCAUUGAAGCAAAGUGAUUUCAUAAGUGCUGAUUUACUAUUCAGCUAUUAAUUCAGUGAGUUUAUCCCAGCUGGGAUUUUGCAGUUGGAUUUAUACCAUUGUUCAUACUUUUGUAGAACAUAAGUGACAGACCUUCUGAAGAGCUGAUACUUGGCAUCUGAAUGAACGUUGUAGGCACAAGCCAUAUCACAUACCCAAACUAUUGCUGAAGAACUGUGGAAACUAGUCCUCAUGCAAGCUAAACUAAAUGUAAAGGGUUAGUCUUUAGUUGGAUUUUCCUUUUUCCUAUUUGUUUUAAUUUUUUACAUUGCAUAAUUGUUCAGUAUAAAAUAAUAUGUAUUUAGAAUUAUUGUUGUACACAUUUUUGCACAUUUAUUUUUGAGAUUAACAGUAAUGUUGUUGAAGUAAAGGAAUUUUGUUACUGAUAUAUAAUAAAAGCUUUAUAUAAUUCCUUGA